GAAGUGCGGAGUCUGAAGCUCGUGUGGGCCCCUGUGAACUCUGCCUGACUCCCAUCGCUACCGAACCGUGGGGGAACCUCGCUGGAUGUACCUGCCCCACGUCUCACGCAGAUUGGUGUCGCUGUGACAAGCCGCGGUCUGACCAUGGGAGCGAACAGCAGCACCCGCCGUGUGUCGUUCGAGUCGGACGAGAACGAGAACAUAUCGGUGGUGAAGGGCAUUCGGCUUUCUGAGAAUGCCCUCAACCGCAUGAGGGAACCCGCAGCUCCUCCUAAACAACAACAACGUGCUCCCACUCGACCACCUCCCUUGGAGCCGACACUUAUUCCCUCUCCUCUCCUGCGGCCAGUGCCUCCCCCCUUUGAUCCGAUCACCUCCUUGCCUCCUCCCCCUCCUCUCGUAGAACCUGUUGCACCUCCAGCUCCACCUGUCACAGAGACUGUGGCUGCACCUGCACCACCUCCUCCUCAGCCUCCUGCAGAACAGCUCCCAGUAGAACCAGUACCCGCUGCUCCAGUCCCAGAGCCUGUGGCAGUGCCCGAGUCGAUUCCAGUCCCACCACCUCCUCCUCCUCCACCAGCCGUCGACGAAGAGGCCCUGAGGAAGAAGAUUUCUGUUGAGCUGCACAAAGGCUUUGAGGAGGAGAGGGCCAAGGCAGAGCAAGAGCUGCAAGCCUGGUUGGAAGUGGAGAAGACCCGAGCAGCAGAGCAGGCUACCGCUGACGCCCAGUCCCAGGUCCCCAGUGAAGUUUCCAGGAUGCUCUCUGUGGAGCGGGCCAUGGUGCAGGAGAACCUCCAGCAGGCUCUCCUAAGGGAGAGGAUCAUCACCGAGGACGAGAGGCACCGCGCCCAGAUCUUUGCCAAGCAGCUGGAGGCCAGAGAAGCGGAUUUGAAGAAGCAGGAUGUUUUCUACAGAGAGCAGGUGGCGCGGCUGGAGGAGAGGAGCGCUCAGUUCUACAAGGUCACCACCGAGAACUACCACAAAGCUGCCGACCAAGUGAACGCCAAGUUCAAGCGGUAUGAGAUGUAUCCCGUGUGCACAGACCUGCAGGGCCAGAUCCUCGCGUGCUACAGAGAGAAUGUCGGGAAAACCCUCAACUGCUCCAACAUAGCAGCUCUUUACCUGCAGUGUGUCAACAACUCCAAACAGAACAAGUUGAGGACCGGAAGUUAAGGAAGAAAAGGAGAAAGUAAGAGGGAGUUCAUUGUGUGGGAUUACUGAUUAUCGACCGAACGACUGACAGACCAGACUGCAGUGAAGGAGGAGGGGAAUGAAUCAGCACCGACACAGACACAGACACACACACACACACACACACACCCACACACACACACACACACACAGACACACACACCCUCCAAACCCUGCCACGGAGCCACCCCAGGCACUGAACACAGCACCUAGAAUGAGAAGUAGACGUCCUUUCCCUCAACCCUUAUCUUCUCCUCCUACCUCUCCAAACCUUCGUCUCUCUCUCCUGUGAGAAUGGCAGAGGGACAGAGAUACUGUCCGCCAUUUUGGAGACACACCGGUGACCCGCGGGACCCAGCAGGCCGGAGCAUGGCCCUCUGAAAAAGAUGAACCAGAACCACCUCAAGAACACCAGCCAUCCCCGCUCACUCCACUGCUCUUCAGAAAGCAAAGCUCUAUUUUUACACCUCAGUGUCAGUCCUCAAUAUGUCGUCAUCAAUUCAGUGUUUCCACCAGUUCCUAAUGCACUGUCCUGUUCACAGACACACACUUGUGUCCUUGUCCCCUUUGCAUCUGUCGGUGUGAUGUUGUCGUGUCACGUUGAUAUUGUAACGAUCCACGUGUUGCGUUUUCAUCCAGAGCAACACUUUGCCACGAUUGUCUGAUCAGAAGAAAAAUAAAAGACGAAACAAUA